CCUCCCGCCGCCGCCGGCAGCGUCCUUGCGGCAGGAAGAUGCCCGGGGAGGUGCCGCCGCCGGCGCCCCGGGGGCUGCGGAGCCUCCCGCUGCUGCUGCUGCUGCUGCUCGGCGCCCGCGCCGCGCUGGCUCAGCGCUGGCGCAAUGAGAACUACGAGAGGCCCGUGGACCUGGAGGGCUCCGGGGACGACGACCCCUUUGGAGAAGAUGAGCUGGAUGACAUCUACUCCGGCUCUGGCUCGGGGUAUUUUGAGCCGGAGCCGGGGCUGGACACGGCCGUGAGCCUGACCACGGACACGCUGGUGACGCUGCCCACCACGGCGGCCGUGCUGCCCGUCACCGCUGCCCAGCCUGUGGCAACGCCCCUGGAGCCAUCCCCCACCCCUCAGGACACCACCCCCGGGCAGGCCACCAGCACCUUCCUCAUCCCCAGGACCACAGAAGCGCCGGUGGUGCCCAGCUGGAAAGCCACCACCACCAGCACCACGGCCAGCGAGCCCCCAACCACCACGGCCACCACCACCACUACCAUGGCCACCACCACCACCACCACCACCACCACGGAGGCCACCACGACCACGAGCAGCACCACCGUGGCCACGGCCAAGCCCACCACCAUCCGGAGGUUCCUGCCCCCCUUGGCCACCAAGGCAGCCACCACCCGGGCCACCACCCUGGAGACCCCCACCACACCCGUCCCCGAAACCAGCAUGCCAACAGAGGUGGCCACGGCACGCCUUGUCCCCACCAGCAUGGCCAAGCCCAGGGCCCUGCCAAAGCCCAGCACCUCGAGGACUGCAGAGCUCCCCGAGAAAAGCACGGCCUUGCCACCCACGGCCACCACGCUGCCGCCCACAGAGGCUCCCCAGAUGGAGCCAGGGGAGGUGACAACAGCCCCUGACAAGGAGCCAGAGGUCCCGGCCAGCAGCGGCCCCAGCGGGGACUUCGAGAUCCGGGAGGAGGAGGAGACGACUCGCCCCGACCUCGGGAACGAGGUGAUGGCCGUGGUGACGCCGCCGGCGGCGCCGGGGCCCGGCAGGAACGUGGAGACAGGGCUGAUGGACAACACGAUAGACUCAGGCAACUCGGCUGCUCAGCUGCCCCAGAAAAACAUCCUGGAGAGGAAAGAGGUGUUGAUAGCGGUCAUCGUGGGUGGCGUGGUGGGCGCCCUUUUCGCCGCCUUCCUGGUGAUGCUGCUCAUCUACCGCAUGAAGAAGAAGGACGAGGGCAGCUACACCCUGGAGGAGCCCAAGCAGGCCAACGUCACCUACCAGAAGCCCGACAAGCAGGAGGAGUUCUACGCGUAGACAGAGAGCCCGGAGUGCCUCACGCUUCCUCCCUCCCUCCCUGCUCCAAACCUCCCCUCCUCUCCUCCAUCCAGUCUCUCUCCCCUCCCUCCUCUCUCUCUUUUUUUGGGAUCAGACUGUGAAUUUUUAAACGCAAAACCCGCAGCGGCUGAAGGAGGAAACGCGUCCUUGGCAUGGGGGGCACGGGGUGCCCGGAGCAGCGCUGGGGUCACACUGGGCACUGCUGAGGUGACAGCGAGCAGCACCAGGGUCACACGGAGCACCCCGAGGUGACACCGAGCACCCCAAGGUCACAUCGAGCAGCACCACAGUGACACCGAGCAGCACCAAGGUGACACCAAACAGCUUUGAGGUCACACCGAGCACUGCCAAGGUCACACCGAGCACCCCGAGGUGACACCGAGCACUGCCAAGGUCACACCGAGCACCCCGAGGUGACACCGAGCACCGCUGGCCUUUCUGCUGGCGGGAGGGACGGGACACGGAGCCGAUGCCAAGGAGCCGAUGCCAGGGCAGCUGUGCCCGGGAAUGCCCUGGAGAGCACGGGAUGGGCUGCCCACGGAGCUGCCUGGAGCUUGACUGGACUUUUCCCACCGCCACCACCAGGACUCUGGGAUUCAGAGACCUCCUGCCAGCCCUGGGGCACAGGGGGUUUGCUUUGGAUUUAUUGCCCUUUUUUUUCCCAUCCAUAAAGGAAGGAGAUUUCCUUCCCUCUGUCUCGUCUUUAUUUUUUGGUUUUCUUUUGGAAUGGGGUUGGUUGUUCUGCAAGAUUCCCCUUCUGCUGGAAGAGAGAACGUGACUCUCCAACGCUCCUGGAACCUUGGGGAAAGCACAAGGGGCUGGAAUACCUGGGAUUCGCUCCUGGAGUGGGGAAAAAAGGAAAUAAAUACCAACUCUGGGGAUGAUCCCUUUGGAUCAACAUUCUGGAGAGCUUGUGGAGCUGCAUCAGGACAUCCCGGGCUGCUGCCAUCCGGCCAUCCCCUGGAAUCUCUUGGAUCCACAUCUGGCUGCGGGGUUUGGCCAGGAAGGGACUUGGCUUGGGCUGGGUUUUCACUGUGACCACUAAAGCUCGGCUCUGCGGGACAUUCCCUGGAGGAGCUGGGAAUGGAGGAGCUGAAUCCUCUCCCCGGCUCUUCCAGAGGGGAUAGCAGAGCUCUGCAAGGAGUGGAAUGCAGCCUAAGGAAGGAGAUCCAAGCAGGGACCAUCCCUGUCCCCUCAGGGUGUGGCUCCGGAGGUGAGGAAGGGGAGGCAGAGCUACGGCUCAGCCCCAGGGCUGGUUGGAUCAUUGGAAAGAUCCCAAAAUCAAUAGAAACACCCAGGAUUGAUGGUUUUCCUUUGUUUUUGAAUCCCCAGGACUGAUGGUUUUCCUUCACUGGUGUUUAAAUCCCAGCAUAACCCACAGGGCUGGAGAGAACCUGACCCAGGUGUCCCCUCCGAGGCUGCCCAGGGUGCAGAUUAAUUAAUGCAGAUAUUUCAAUUACGGUGUUUCAGUGAGGUGGCUCUUAAUUAGCUGGAGCCCUGUUUGUGGGGUUUUGUUGUCACAAUGGUCGUGAUCUCCAUGGGGUCCCACAGAGACUUUUGAUUUGCUCUUGGAACAAUUUAAAUGGGAAAAUUUGGGGGAAAAAGUCAUUGCUUUGUGAAUUAGCCUGCACAGAGCCAGGGACACUUUGGCCCCUGAGGGGGUUGGUGGAUUUAGGGUUUUACAGCCCUGGUGGGGGUUACACGACAGAGGAGAUCCAUUGUGGAAGGGAUUUGAGGCCAGAAGAAUAUUUUGAAUAUAUAUAAAUACAUAUGUCCACUCCUGUACACCCACAGUAACACAGAGUUGGAAAGAAAUGAAAUCCCUGGAAUUUUUCAGCGCACUGGGAUGCUCACAUGAGAUUUGGAGUUGGGAACUGGGAGCUUUGGGCUGCUUUUCCCUGGGAUACAACACAAAAUGACGAGCUGGCUUUGCUUUGGGAUAGGGAACAGAGCCCCAUGGAUCAGCUUUAAAUCCUCAUUUUUGAGCUGUCAGCCUCAAAAUCCUCGUGGUUUAGGUUAUUGGAGCUUGGAGAAGGCCCUGUUGGAUGUUUGGGGUGGUGGUGCUGGGAGUGACCAUUUCUGUGUCCAUCCUGGAGGGAGGAUGAGGAUGAGGAUGAAGGAUGAGGAUGCUCCAAAGGAGGGAACACACUCAGAAGGAGCCUGGUGCCAACCCAGAGCCGCUUCGUGCUGCUCCUGAGGGAGUUUGGACUCCUGGAUUUGAUGAUUUGGAGGAUUUUGGCCCUGUUGGGAUCACACAAAGGGGAGUGGCACAAGUCAAGGUCACCAAGGCCACCCAAAAUCCCCAUCUUAGGGGAAAACCUGGAUUUAAUCUUUGGAGUUUGCUUUAAAAAAAACCCUCCCAGCUUAAUCUUUUUAAUGCUGCUUUUCAGAGCUGCCUCUUUAAUCUUCUUCAUUCCAUUUUUUCCUCCUAUUUAAUAGUCUGAAGUUCCAUAAUACAAUUUUUUUACUCACUCAAGCUUAACCUCGUCCCUCUCAGCUGGUGUUAGGUUGUAAUCCCGGCACUUAAAUCCAUCACAGCUUUGGGAGUGAGGCAAGCUGGAGGUGGGAGGGUGAGAGGAGCCUGGGCAGGACUUUUGCAGUAAUUAAAAUACGAGAUAAACACAAUAAAAAAAGGUGAACUGCAAAUCAGAAGUGAUGAAAUAAUUCAUUGUUUAUCUCCUGCUCCCAUGCUUUUGCUCUCCGCCUGGAGAGGGAUGUGAGCUCCAGGAGAAUUUUUUGUGUUUGGAGCCAACUUUUUGUGGUUGUGUAAUGAUGCCACAGCCUCUUGUGUCACCUCAGCUCCACGGGGCUGCUGGAGUCGAUGUUUGAAGGGGAAAGAAAGUCUGGUUCUGACCCUGUGCCUCCCUCCAAGGAGCUGGGAUGGAGCUGAAUAUGGGCAGGGUUUUUGGGGAAGUCCAUCUGCCCUGGAAAUCCCGGAUGAACGUUUCUCUGUGAGCAGAGCCACGGGGAUGGACAAAGCCCCGAGGGCCGGUGCCUGGUGCAGGGGGAGGCAGCUGCUCCCUCCUGCAGCCACUCUGCUCCGGGGCUUUCCAGGGAUUCCUGGUGGGAACACGGGUGUGGGAGAGCCGAGGAGUCUCCAUCCCCCAGAGCAGGAUUUUGGGAAAAUGAAUUCCAGCGGGAGCGAAAGCAUCUCCAGCAUCUUCCCUUCCCAAAGCCGAGUCUGGCAUUGUCCCCUCUGCCCAAAUUCCCAUCCCUCAUGGUGAUCCCAGCCAGAAACAGCUGGAGCAGUGCCCAGAUGUGCUGGUCCUUCUCCAGCUGUGCUCCCCAAGGGAUUUUUCCACGGUUUUUCUGUUUCUUUUCUGCCAGUUCCUGUGUGUGUGUGAUGCGCUGGAGCCGCAGGGAGAACCUUGGCUCUUCCAGCUGGAUAAUUUUAGGAGUUUCUGGAAUUGCAUGGUGGUUGGGCUGCUCUGCCAGCUGUGCCAGACUUGGGGCUCUCCCUGCUGGAGUUGCCGCAGGAGAAUGAUGGAGAAUAUCCAGCAGGAGAACAGCCAGGAGCUCCUGGGCCACAUCCAAAGGGAAGGGAAGAGCAGAGAGCCCAAACCAGGGCUGGAAUGGGGAGUUUGGGAAGGGCAGGACAUGGAAGGGGCCCAGCAGCAGCAGGACCCAGCCCUCAGUGGGUUUUGCAUGGCUGGGAGUUGUCCCUUAGCUCCAAAAACCUCUCUGAUCUUGGAUCUUUCAAUGAAAACUCCAGGUGCCUCUGGUGGGAUGGAGCUGUCCCUUAGCUCCAAAAACCUCUCUGAUUUUGGACCUCUCCAUAAGGAGCCGUGCUGGGGGAUGCAGCUGCAGGGAAGGGGAUGGGAAGGGGAUGCCUCGGGCUGGGGGACUGCCAGGAUGGGCUGCUUCACCUCAAAUUUCCCCUCUCCCUCCCCAGCUUCCCUGGCAAUCCCUGUCUGGGAGUUCCUUUGCCUCAUCUCCAGCAUUCUGAGCUCUCCCUGCUGCGAAUCCCCAGCUCAGUUCCUUCUGCAGGAACAAACCCACCAGGCGAGAACUGGAAUGGAUUUUUAAAUUCCCUUUUUCUCCCAUAACCACCCUUGUAAUGAACUUUUCCGCUCCAAGGUUUUCUGCCAGGCUCUGAAGUAACUCAGAGCUUUCAAUCCAGAGAGGUUUGGUGGGAAUGAGCUCCCUGGGAUCCCUGGGGCUGUGGGAGCAGGGCUGGGGGCUCUGUGUGUAUAUAAUAUGUGUAUGUAAUUAAUGUAUAUGUAGAGAUGUAUAGAUGGGCACGGGGCCAGGGGGCUCUGCUCCUGGGGGGAAAAGGAGGAGGAAAAAGGAAAAGGAGGAGGAAAAAGAGGAAAAGGAGGAGGAAAAAGAGGAAAAGGAGGAGGCUUUGUCCUCCAGCACCCUGUGCUGGGCUCUGCAGCGCUUGGCCCCUGUCCCAAGGAAUGUGGGAUUCAGCCUUGGCCCCAUUUCCAAGGGAUGAAGGAUCCCCUGUCCCAAAGGAUGUGGGAUUCUUCAUCAUUCCCUGUUCCAAGGGAUGCAGGAUUCCACCUCUCCAAUUCCUGCUAUUCCUCCCUCUCCUCCCUGCCCUUCACAUCUCCCCGAUCCCAGUCCUGAUCUCAGUCCCAGUCCUGAUCCCGAUCCCUACCCCGACCUCGAUCCCAGUCCUGAUCCCAAUCCCGAUCCCAGUCCUGAUCCCAGUCCGGACCUCGAUCCCAGUCCCGAUCCCAGUCCUGGUCUCAGGGGUUUGGGAUCACCGGGGUGGGAUCAGGAGACCUUUGCCGCUGUAGGGCCGGAGCAGGUCCGGGAUGGGAUCCCGGGGUGGAUCCAAACCCCCGCGAGCUCCGGAGCCUCCCCAGUCCCGGUGCCGACAGCUGCCCCUUCUCUUAGGGGAGCCUCAGUCUGCAGAUCCAAACUUUUUAUUUCUAUGUUUAUUUUUCCCAUCAUUUUGAUUUUUGGGUUAAAAAAAACCUGAUUUUUUUCACACCCCACAUUCCAGUGCUUCUCCCAAGACCUCCAGGGCUCCAGGGAUUUUUCCUGCAGGAAUUCCCCCUGUUCAGGGCCCCCUGGCCGAAAUCACCCCAGCCCAGCUGACAAUCAAAGCAGACUCCCGAAAAACAGGAAUCCAUUGCAGUUUGAUAGAAAAACUUUUUAAAAUCCUCCCCUUCUCUCUCACCACUGCAUCUCCAGGAUAAACCAUCACCCACUGCUCCUCCUGUAAAUAAACAUCAAACCUUCUUGUAUAAAUUAAAAAUAAAAUAAUUUUAAAAAAGACAAAAAAAAAUUCCAUUGAUAAACAUCCCAAAAAUAAAAUAAAAUAAAAAAUCUCCCUUUCCAGAAGAUUGAAGUAAUUCCAACUUCACUUUUUUUUGGAGCUGAUUUCCAAUCCCCACAGGAGAACAAAACAAAGAUCUGGAACACUACAAAUGUUGGAGUUUUCAAUGAAUCCGGGAGGGAAAAAAAAUGCAUGUAAAUAUUUUUAAUAGGAGACAUAUCUUAAACAGAACUUUUUUUUGUAUGUACAUAACUCUCCUAGAGUUUAGUACUGAAAUGGCUUCAUAGUGUCUGUUUCAAAAAGGAAAGGAAAAGAAAAUGUUUGUUAUUGUUUUUGUUCUUACUCAAUGGCCAAACUUUAAAAAUAAUGACAAAAAAAAAAAAGAGAAAAGACUCUAAAAAUAAUCUUUGCCAAUGGAUCUAGCACUGUAAUGGUACUGUCUAUUUUUUUUAAUUAUUUCUGUGCUGUGCCCAUUUAUAAAAUGAGGAAAAGAUGAAAAAUAAAGUCAUUUAAACAUUGUCUG